AUGAAGAGGAAAGCAGACGACGACCCUUCCUUUGGCAACAAUGUCAAAAUCAUCAAGACGGAGAAAGAUGCCACUGCUGCUGACUAUUCUCAAGAUGUCAAGAAGAAGAUCAAUGCAUCCAAUCGGACGGGUCAGGCAUGUGACCGCUGCAGGGUCCGGAAGAUGCGCUGCGAUGAUAAUGUGAAUGGCUGCGCUCCAUGCCUACAAAAUCAGUCAGAAUGCAAGACCACCGAUCGAAUCACAGGGAAAGCCACUGUCCGCGGAUAUGUCCAGAGCCUCGAAGGUCGCCUUGAAGAGCUUGAGAGCCACAACCGCUUACUACAGGCUCGGCUUGCAUCACUUGGGGAGGAUGUCGCAGACAUCGAGCCGAAAAUCAAAUAUGAGGACCCUGCGACCGCCCCCUUAGUGCAAUGGCAUGAGGAGCAGAGGUUAGGAAAUCGCUUGGCAUGGGACAAUAAUGGCAGAAGGACAAGAGAUUCAGAUCAUGGUCGAAAUCCUUUCGGAAGAAAUAUGGUCAAUAAGCGAACGUCAAUGGAGGGAUCACCGAGCCGCCUUCCAGAGUUCCGCAGCGGGCUGGCUGGCAACAAUUACCUCGGUGUAUCAACAGGCAACUCCCUACUAAGCUCGAUACGAGGCACUUCACUGAAUGUGUUGGGGAUUGAGAUCGAUCUUGCCGACUACACGUCCGCUGACCUGGACGAGCCUGACCCGUCUCCUGCUGGAACUAGGCCGCCUGUCUACAACAAGUCAUACCGGGCUUUUGUCCAGACCGCCUUUGGUACGAGUCCCAAGCUUAGAAAAGUCGAGCUUCCUCCGAGAAGUGAAGGAAUCAAUUACGCCCACGUCUAUUUCAGAGUAACUAAUCCCUAUGUACCGGUCAUACACAAACCGAGCUUCAUGGCUACGCUCAAACGAAUCUAUGAUGACCCGACCUUCCAACCAUCCAUCGCCGAGACUGUUAUGGUACAUACAAUGUUUGCGAUCAUGUACUGUCAAUAUGCCACACGUGCUCCAGAAAGUGCCGACCAUCAGGCAGAGAUGAACCAGUCUUCGAAUUUCCAUUACCAUUACGCUUUAGGAUUCUUUGCUCAACUCGUGGCUAGCCAUACCCUAGCCGACGUACAGGCUUUGACUAUGCUCUGUCUCCAUAUAAGGAACCUGCCAAAGCCUGGAGCUUGUUGGAUGAUUACGAGUAUCGUCCUGAGUCUGGCCAUUGAAUUGGGGCUGCAUCGUUCCGCGAAACGAUGGGCUCCGUCGACCGAACGGAGCAUUCUUGAAAUCGAGCUGAGAAAGCGGGUGUUCUGGUCGAUUCUACUGAUUCACGUUAUGGUAGCAGGUAACCUGGGACGUCCAAUGGCUUUGCGAUCUGAUGACUGGGAUGUCGAGCUGUUCGAGGCCAUCGACGACGAUCUUCUUAGUGAGGCUGGAAUAGAUACCUCGAAACCGGGAAAAUGCAACUUUCUUGUUGGCCAUCAGGCUUCAAGGAUGAUCCCUAUCUAUAUGGACCUCUACAACAGCAUCUACGCCGUGAAACGAUCGCCGCAAAAUUACGUCAAUACAGUGCGGCGAUUGGAAGGACGUAUACGUCACUGGAUGGAACAGUGCCCUCGAGAAUUGAGAGAGGAGUCCGCUUCUGACAAUGAGCUGGGCCGAGUCCAUUCUCAAUAUGUGGCAAUAUGGGGCUUACACGCCCGUCUGCUCCUCCGUCAUCCGUCAUUAUCGCUUUCCACGUCUGCAGAGUUCAAUAGCGAGAACCUCACCAUCUGCAUGGAGGUCUCGCAGAAGAUGCUCAAUCAUGUCAAGCAGCUUCAGAGGUACAUGAGCUUGGAUGGCACCUGGCAAACUACAGCGCUUUAUGUUCUCGCAGUUGCAACGAGUUUGUUCGGCCAUUGGGAACGGAGAGAUCAGAUGACUCCAGUCGCUUUGGCUGCAUUAAGGGAGGAUAUGGAUUCAUGGCUCAGUAUCAUUGGUGACAUGAGCAAUCUACUCGGAUCCGGUAGACAACUACAAGAUGCAGUCCGAGUUCCCGUCGACAACACACUGAACGGUCUCGCCCAGCACCUCUCGGCAAGACCUCUUUCCUUUCCGGUCUCCGCCAGUGACCAAUUUGGUUCACUCAGCAGGACUGUGACUCCAUCGCACACGUCCACUGCUUCUACCCAGCCCAAUGUCUACGAAACUUACCCCACUCCUAAUGGCGUCGUGAAUAGCCAAGCUCACGCCAACGCCCCAAGGAAUAUGUAUCUUGCUGCCCCAAACACCAACGAACCUAAUCACCCUCCUCAAGUCUUCCCCAACCAUGCCCAAUACAAUUACAACGUCACGUACGGAAGCAGCCCUCCUACAUAUCCGUCCGCCCUUCCCGCCACUGCUGCCGCCACGAACGCUUAUAUGAGCGCCUACCCUAACCAAGGUGCGCAACAUGCCCACGAUUUUUCUCAAAACGCUACGUACGCCAAUUACCAUAGUCCAGGUAGCCCCACUUCUUGGCGAACAUGGGCGGGAAAUAUGGCAUCCAACCUCGAGCCAGGGCCUGAGUACAUCAAUUCUGCCUCUGCGCUCAUGCAACUCGGUGGCCGAGGCGAAGAAAGUGCAGCGCAAAGUAUACACUCGGGUAUCCACAUGCAGCACGGAAAUGCUUUGGACGGGGCUACGGCACAGGUUUGGCCGCUUAAUACUUUUAAUAGUGGACCGGCGGGGUGA